ACACACACACACACACACACACACACACACACACGCACACACACACAUACCGGUCUGACAUCGCAGAACAAGUGAACAGACACUCACACACACCAGGGAGAGAGACAGAGACAGACGAUCAGAAGGUAAAUCAGAAGGCACUGACCAUAAAAGCGGAAGUUCUCGGUGCAGGAAUCAUGUCGGUUCUCGCGUUACAUGAGUACGAAUUUGAGAGACAGUUCAACGAGGACGAAGCCAUCCGAUGGAUGCAGGAGAACUGGAAGAAGUCGUUCCUGUUCUCUGCGCUCUACGCAGCCUGUAUCCUUGGCGGUCGGCAUGUGAUGAAGCAGAGAGAGAAGUUUGAAUUGAGGAAACCGCUGGUGCUCUGGUCCUUAACCCUUGCUGUGUUCAGUAUAUUCGGUGCCGUUCGCACGGGGAGCUACAUGACGUUCAUCUUGAUGACUAAAGGCCUGAAGCAGAGUGUGUGUGAUCAGAGUUUCUAUAACGGACCCGUCAGCAAGUUCUGGGCGUACGCCUUCGUGCUGAGUAAAGCACCGGAGCUCGGUGACACCUUGUUCAUCGUCCUGCGUAAGCAGAAGCUGAUCUUCCUGCACUGGUACCACCACAUCACCGUGCUGCUCUACUCCUGGUACUCGUACAAAGACAUGGUGGCUGGCGGCGGCUGGUUCAUGACCAUGAACUACCUGGUUCACGCCGUCAUGUACUCUUACUACGCGCUGAAAGCGGCGGGAUUCAGGGUGUCACGAAAGUUUGCCAUGUUCAUCACGCUCACGCAGAUCACGCAGAUGCUGAUGGGCUGCGUUGUGAAUUGUCUGGUGUACCAAUGGAUGCAGCAGGGCCACGAGUGUCCAUCACACUUCCAGAACAUCGUCUGGUCCUCGCUCAUGUACCUUAGCUACUUCGUGCUCUUCUGCCAGUUCUUCUUCGAGGCUUACGUCAACAAAAACAAAAACAAGAACAACAAUAAGAAGAUCCAGUAAAAAAGAAGUACCAAAAGAUAGAGAUGAGGGGUGGACCAGUGUGAGGGGUUUACGGAACCUACGUUGAUCUGAGGUUGAUCUAUGCUUGUGCAUACUGUACUACUAACACAGAUACACCUCCCUUCCACUAGGGGGGGCUCUACUGAGCUGCACUGAAGAUUUACAAUUAUUAUAAUGAAGAUAACUGAAAAAAGUGUCUUUAUGUGAUGUUUCUGUGCCCAAUGCUAUUCCCUACAUUAUAUUUAAAAAGCGUCUAAAUAUAAAUAUACAAAGGGAGAUUCAUUAAAAUGAGAUUGAGAGUGUACGAGUCGAGGGAACAUCCUAGAUUUAUUGUCUGAAUUGUUCGUCUUUACAGUUAAUGUUAAUAGCGUUAAUGUUCCGUUUUAUUCGUUUGUUUUUUAAUUCAUUAGAUGCUUGCGUGAACGUAGCAUAGUUUUGUACGAUAGACACAUCAACGCUGCGGUGUGUCUGUGUGUUCGUAUGUGUUUCGUGUUCAGCGUCACACGAGCAAAAUUCUCUCAGGUUGUCGCAGAGAGUUCCACUCGAUGUGCAUAUCACUUAGGGGUAAAAAAAAGCCUAAAAGAUAAAAGAUUAGCGAGUUGAACUGAUUACGUAGGCCUGACAUUUCAAUGCCAAUAAAUGAAACCAAUGAAAUUGUUAUAAAGAAAAUAAUUGCAGAAAAUGAAAGACAUUUUGUGACCCACCGCUCAUCCAUCAGCCGUCUAGCCAUUUAUCCGAGCCAUUAUUGCCCUUAGGGGCCAUGACGUAUUACUUCCUGUGGUUGAAGGUCAGUGUCUAACAUCCUCUGUUGUGAAACGUGAGUACAGAAGAUGGCCAAAGCCGUGGACUCGAGUGUGUGUAAACCUGCACCUUGUCUGUGUUCACUGUAAUAAACCUGUUGUUGAAUGGUG